AUGGAUUUAGUCACCUAUGAUGGUGUGCAGGGGAACUUCACUCAGGAAGAGUGGGCUUUGCUGCAUCCUUCUCAGAAGAGUCUCUACAAAGGUGUGAUGCUAGAGACAUACAGGAAUCUCACAGCUAUAGGUUACAUUUGGGAAGAACAUACAAUUGAAGACCAUUUCCAAACUUCUAGAAGUCAUGGAAGGUUACGAUGGAUACAAGCCUUGUGA